UUUUAGAAAUUUAUGGCAUAAAACACGAUUAAUUAUAACUUUUCACAUGUUUGUUUUAUUUCCUAGGAUUAUUCAUUCCAUUUUAAUAAAGAAGAUAUUUUAUCGGCUAAAGCGUUUUUUUUCUAAGCCAACUAUUCGGGCUAUUAGUUUUCUGUUUUUUUCAUCACUAGUUUUUCUUAUACUUGAAUUAUUUUUCUUUUUACCGGAAAAUAUUAUUUUAAAAACAUCAUCUGAAAUUCAAACAUCAGAAAUUACAUUAAUAGCUCGACUUGCUCGUUUACGUCGAAUAACAGAAUAUGACCAGAAAUUAUUAAGUCGAUUAAAAACCUUAGAUGGGAGAUUACUAUAUAUACUCUAUGGACCUUCGACUUUAAGUUUAUGUGAAUGGUGCGAAAUUGAGACGCCUUUAACAUUUUUAUAUUAUACUAUACCACACGUAUUUUUGUAUUAUAUACUAAAUCUUGGAAUAAUUUAUCUGUCUAUAUCUAUUCUAUCUGAAAAAAAUAGAAAAUUAUUAAGGAAGUUAAUAUUUAUCAUACUUUUUGUUUUUUUUAUUAUGGAAUUAAUUAUGUUAAAUAUAUAUGAUUGGAAAUCAAAUGCAUAUAUUAAUUCGGCCUUGGAUAUUGAUUGGAUUCAUUGGAACCUAAAGAAAUAUAGAUUAUUUCUAAUGAUAAUAUUAAAUUUAUCUGUUGCUUUUAUUAUUUGGGUUAUUAAUAUUAAUACGUUAUAUCAAACACCUAAUAAAGAAAAACAACUAAUAUUUUCUAUUAAUAAUUUGGAGGAAUCAAUAAAUCGUAUUCGUGCUUUAGUUAUUAUGAAAAGAGCGCUGAUUAAAGAUGCAUUUUUGCAAGAACAAAAAAUGAAAUUUUAUCAAGAAAAGCGUCUAAGUCAAUUAAAUAAUCCUAAUAUAAAGGAUAUCAAAAAAAAGAUAUCUCAUGACAAUAUGAAAAAAAUUAUGGAAGAAGUUGAAAGUUAUGCAGAAAGCUUAAUUAAAUACAUGGAUAUGGAAAAAUAAAUAUUUUAUUAUAAUAUAAUUAUUAAAAAAAUCAUACAAGU